AGGAGUGCGGCCUGGGGUGCGGCCACAGCCCCUGGUGCCAGCAGCCCGUCUCCAUUCGCAACAUGCGCGCGCCCGUGGCCUCCGCGCCCAGGCAAGACGGAGGCCUCGCCGUGCAGGAGCUGGAUUACCACGACGUCUUCGGGGUCGACGGCUCCGAUCUCCUCGGCUCCGCGGGCGGCUCGGUCAACAGCGAGGACAUCCCCAUCCCCCAGGCCGCGUGGAGGGAGGCACUACGCAACGACGAUGCACUACGAAAUGAUUUGGCACGUCAGCGCGAUGCGCCGCAGGAGCGGCGCGGCUCGCAGGAGCGGCUGACCUGCGCGACGCCCGGCUGCGGCCUGCUCAGCCAGGUCGACGACCGCUACUGCUGCAGCGUGUGCGCCACCGGGUGCGGCCAGCACCACUGGCUCUGCCACGCCCAGGUGCUCGUCAGCGACCCGGAGCGUGCCCUACAGAUGGAGGUCGUCCAGCCCCAGACGGACGAAGAAUACGCACAGCGGCUCCAGGUCCGGGAGGAGCUGAUGGCCCGGCAGCACCUCGCGCACAACCUGAGCGCUCGCAUCUGGGAGGCGGCCAACACUCUGACCGACCCCGUGUGGGGCCACGUGGAGUUCAGUGCCGUCGAGAUCAACGAGCGCUGGAGGAGUAACCGGAGGA